AACCGCCUCUGUUUUGUUUCCAGAUAGCUCGAUUCAUCAUGGCGAUGCAUGCGAAGGCGACUCCACCACAGAUCCCGGACACUCGCCGGGAGCUCGCUGAGCUGGUGAAGAGGAAACAAGAACUAGCUGAGACACUAGUCAACUUGGAACGACAAAUAUAUGCAUUUGAAGGCAGCUACCUAGAAGACACUCAGAUGUAUGGCAACAUCAUCAGAGGAUGGGACAGAUACCUCACUAACCAAAAGAACUCCAAUAGUAAGACUGACAGAAGGAAUAGGAAAUUCAAGGAAGCAGAACGUUUAUUCAGCAAGUCAUCAGUCACAUCAGUUGCAGCAGUUUGUGCUCUUGGUGGGAUACCAGAUCACAUGAAUGAAAAGCGUGAGGCAGGCAGCGGUACAGAGAGCGACACUUCUCCAGACCUCCAGAACCAAGAGAACGAGCCCAGCCAGGAGGACACAGAAGAUGUGGACUCGACGCUGCAGGACCUAAAGCCUCAGAAGGCUGCCUCCUCUUCCUCCUCCGGCAGUCAUCACGGGAGUCACAAGAAGAGGAAGAACAAAAACAGACACAGUCCUUCUGCCAUGUUUGAUUAUGACUUUGAAUUUGACAUGAAGGUGAACAAGAAACCAAGAGCUGAUUAUUCAACUUAAAAUAAAUGGCUGCAGACCUGAAGACACAUAAAGACAAGUGCGGACAAACACAAGAUUUAUGGACUUUGUAAUUUUUUUUUUUUAAUUUGGUUGUCAUAUUUCAGCCUGUACUGUGUGUAUUGCUUGAAACAUUCCCCCCCUUCACCUACCUUUGGUCAUGGUUAAGAUUUUUGACCUGCUACCAUAUAGUAGAAAUACGGUGUUGCAUGUAACUUGAGGCCUGACCUGGCCCAAUUCUAGUAACACACCAUCUUGUAUAGUGUUAAAAAAAGAUUGUAUUUAUUACGUACCUGAUUUCAUUGUUUCUCAUUGUAAGAAAGUCGUGGUUUUUUGUUAAGCGUCACAUAGUCAUGUACCCCACAAAUACCCUGGGAUUCUUUUAUUACAUGGUUUGUUUUUCAAAAAAUAAAAAGAAAUACCAGUAA